AGCUGGAUGGGCUCAACUUUUCUCAUGCAAUUUGUCCGAACAGAGCUACUUCCCGCAGCCGACGCAGCCUUGAGCCAUGGGGGCAGCAUGCUGCAAAUCUGAGACGGCGCCUAGCUCUGAUGCCACCGUAGAUGCGAGGCCAGCCCUCGACAGUUCGCUGCAGGCUUUGCCUCCGGUGGCAGGUGGCAACACAGAGAAGGAGCGCGUUUACUCAGUGAAACUCACCAAGGCCGGUGAUAUGAAACUGGGCUUGGAUGUAGACUUCAUGGCGGAGCGUUCAGUCCUGCCAAUCAUGACAGUCACUGGAGGUGUGGCCGAGAGUUGGAAUCAAGAGCAUCCAGAGCUGUCCAUCUCCAAGGGGGAUAGCAUUUUGGAGGUCAACGGGGUCUCAGGUGAUGUGGCAGGAAUGCUGGAUAGGUGCAAGACCGAUGUGGAGCUGGAGCUUACUCUCUGCAGGUGUCUCAACUAUGAUCACCUCGUGUCAGACUUGGAGAAGUUGAUCUCAAACAAGUGCUGCGGACCAAUCUUGAUUCGCCUGUCAUGGCAUGAUGCUGGUGUCUUCAACGGAAAAGAUGGUUGCCCCAAUGCUGCCAUGCGCCUGUCAGGCAGUGGUGAGCAUCGCAUGGCAGCCAAUGCUGGCCUACCCGAGGUUGCUAUCGGACUUUUGAGAGGCAUUGCUGACAAGUACGUUCCUAGGUUGAUCUCCAAUGCGGAUUUGUGGGCUUUGGCUGCCAAUGUUGCAAUCAAGGCCAUGGGAGGUCCAGACAUCCCCACGCGCUUCGGGCGCAUUGACGUGACGAGUUCAGCAGAAGGUGUAGCAGAUGCAGCUGGACGUCUUCCAGAUGGUGACAAGGAUGCCAAACACAUCCGAGACAUCUUUGGGCCCAAGGGCUUUGAGGACCAGGACAUGGUGGCCCUGUCUGGGGCACAUACUGUCGGGAUGUGCCACAUCGAAAGGUCUGGCUUUGAGGGGGCCUGGACUGCAGACAAGCAGAGGUUUGACAACUCAUACUUCAAGGAUCUCCUGAACAAGAAAUGGGAGAAGGAGAACAAUGCUAAAGGAAAGCCUCAGUACAAGUGUGGAGACACGAUAAUGCUGACUACUGACAUGGCUCUCAUUGAAGACGAAGCCUUUAAGGUCUACGUCAAAAAGUAUGCAGCCGAUCAAAAGGCGUGGUACGAGGACUUCAUGAAGGCAUGGGUGAAGCUGCAGGAGUUUGGCAACAACGAACUGAGGGACAUUCUUUGAGGUGGACAGGCCAUUGAUGCUUGGCUGCUUGACAUUGACAUGUGUCAGCGGCCUGGCGGCUUUGUCUGUCUCACGCAAGUUUAAAUCGUUCCCAAAUCCCAUCAUGACAAGCAACCCCUUCGCGUGAGUCUCACCUAAUUCACGAUUUCACGAGAGCAGAUGGACAUGAAUAUCAUGAAUGGUGCAUCGAGCAUUUGGCAUGUCCUUACGCAAACAAUCGACAGCAGGCAUUGUGCACCAAGCAUUGCUGGAGUCUGCUAAA